GUUAGGCCGGAAGCAGGAAGACACUAAUGUAGCUAGCUGGUAGCUAACCAUGCAUAUAUUAUUAAUUGUACCGGUAAAAUAUUUCAAUAUUUUCAAACUGUAACGUUGAUAACAAGCUAGUGUCCCGUAGAGCCUUCUGCUGUUUCGGGGUAAUGCGGAUUGACAGAAGAAUCUAACCCGGAAGCUGGGCUGGAAGAAAGAAGAUGCUUAUGUUGAUAGCUAGCUAGCUUAGUUUGGAAUUGUCUGAAAUGUGUCUGAUAUCAUUUGAUGUCGUUUAAAUUAGACUUUGAUUUUGCCCAACUCGGACUAUAUACGUGGAGCUAGCGAUAUUUUCAACGACCAUUUCAUAUAGUUUUUCUAUCUGGUCUAGGAAAGUAAAUGAUCUAGCUACCGUUGGCCUAGCUAGUUAGCUAUCUGAGUUGUAUGGAAAGUAAUCCGCUAGAUAAUGUGACCUCGUGGUGAACUGUCGGGGAUUUGAGAAGAAUCUGCUUUAGUUUAAUUCAGUGACCCAACUCUUUCAUAGGAAACUAUUUCUGAAGAAUUCACGAUGGAUGAGGAUUCUGCCGACCCAUCCAACCCCCCUUUCUCCUGCUCCACUGAACCCAACCCUCCGGAGUCACUGGUUCCUGACUCUAACCACAGAGACAUGGACACCUGCAGUGAGAUACCCAGAUUUAACAUUGUAGUCAAGGAGGAAGAGGAAGACUGGGACAUGGAUGAUACUGAAGAGAGACCUGACCACUGCUCUGAGAGUGAAGUGAGUCCCUCUACAUCAGGACUACCUGAACAACACCAGGGGAAUCACACAGUUAAGAAGAUUCACUGCUGUUCAGUGUGUGGAAAAAACUGUCACAAGUUAUCAAAACUACAAAUACACAUGAGAACUCACACAGGAGAAAAACCUUACUCCUGCUCUGUCUGCGGGAAGCAAUUCAGUGACAAAGGAAACCUGAAAAAACACCAGACGUUGCACACAGGAGAGAAGCUGUACAGUUGCUCCGUGUGUGGGGAGAGUUUCUCUUCAUCGUCAAUUCUAACCAAGCACCAGAGAACGCACACAGGAGAGAGUCAUGGUUUUACACCACCACUCGUUAUCAUAGUGAAAGAGGAGGAAGAGGAUCCUGCUUUUGCAGAGAGACCUGACCACUGCUCUGACAGUGAAGGGAGUCCCUCUACAUCAGGAUUACCUGAACAACACCAGGGGAAUCACACAGCUAAGAAGAUUCACUUUUGUUCAGUGUGUGGACAAGACUGCAAAAAGUUAUCAAAACUGCUAAUACAUAUGAGAAUACACACAGGAGAAAAGCCAUACCCUUGCUCUGUGUGUGGAAAGCAGUUCCGUGUAAAAAGACAUCUUCAAGACCACCAGAUAGUGCACACUGGAGAGAAACCUUACGUCUGCUCCAAAUGUGACAAGAGGUUUGGUUUCGCCUCAGCCUUGAAAAGGCACCAGUGGUUACACGCAGAAGAGAAACCUUACUCCUGCUCUGUGUGCGGGAAGGGUUUUAGCUUACAAUCGCGCAUGAAGGAACACUUCCUGAUGCACUCAGGAGAGAAACCCCACUCCUGCUCUGUCUGUGGAAAGAGUUUCAGCCGUCCAGAUCAGUUAAAGGACCACUCUCUGCAACACACAGGGAAACCCCACCACUGUUCUGUCUGUGAGCAAAGCUUUGCCUUGUCUAAACAACUCCUGAAGCAUGAGAAGACUCACACAGGAAAGAGACCUUAUAGUUGCUCUGUGUGUGGGAAGAGUUUCAGCGAGAAGGCAUAUCUUGAAGACCACCGGUCAGUGCACACUGGAGAGAAACGACACCCUUGCCCUGAUUGUGACAAGAGGUUUGGAUGUGCUUCGUCCCUGCGUAAACACAGACUGUUGCACAUAGAAGGGAAAUCCCACUCCUGCUCUGUGUGUGGGAAGAAUUUUUCUGAAGCACGUUACUUGAAGGAGCAUUUCCGGACACACACUGGAGAGAAACCUUUCUCCUGCACUGUCUGCGAUAAGAGUUUUGCAAGAUCAGCAGGCCUUAAAGUCCACCUCAGAUAUCAUACAGGAGAGAAACCUUACAGCUGUCCUAAAUGUGGCCAGAGCUUCAUUAGUUCUCAAAAACUUCAGAGACAUCAGAAAACUCAUGCUGGUUUAACACCUGUUGAGUUUCAAAACCCUGUUACAAUUGAAGGGGAGCGAGAAGGUGAGGAAGUUGGUGGUCUGAUUCAUUCAGCUAGAGAAGAGGUUGGUUGGGAUCUUCAUCGUCUCGACGAGAGUUCGGAGGGGAGAACCUCUACAUCAGGAGAACCUAAAGAAACCUAGAGGAAUCUCAAAGCUCAGAGAUACAGUUGCUCUGUGUGUGGGACUGGCAACGGUUAUUUGAUCUGAAAAAGACACAUGACACGUGAAACCGUACAGAUGUUUUGUUUGUGGGAAGAGUUUUAGACGAGCAGACCUGAUGAAGCAUCACUUUUGGACACACAAAGGAGACGCACGGGGAGAAACCUUACCCCUGUUCUGUCUGUGGGAAGGUUUUAACAAGAUCAUCAGACCUUAACAAUAGUGUUCAUACAGGAGAGAGAACUUACAGCUGUGACGAAUGUGGCCAGAGACUUACCACUUCUCAGAGUCUUGGGAGACACAAGAAGAGACGCCACAUCUCACUUCCUGAGGAGGACCAGGCUGGCGGGGUCAAGACUGAAGAGCCAAUAGUGUCAUAGAUGAAGAGGAGGAGGCAACCUCUUAUGUCAACGCUAGCAUGGUGGAAAGGGGGAAACAAGAACUAGCCCUGAACAUCUUGACGUAAAAUAUACACAGUGCAUUCGGAAAGUAUUCAGACCCCUUGACUUUUUACACAUUUUUUUUACGUUACAGCCUUAUUUUAAAAUGGAUUAAAUUGUUUUUUCCCCUCAUCAACAUUCACACAAUACCAAAUGACAAAGCAAAAACAGGUAUUUUUUCCUGGAAAUUUCACAUUUACAUACAGUUGAAGUCAGAGGUUUACAUAUUCCUCAGCCAAAUACAUUUAAAAUACGUUUUUCCCAAUUCCUGACAUUUAAUCCUAGUAAAAAUUCCCUGUCUUAGGUCAGUUAGGAUCACCACUUUAUUUUAAGAAUGUGAAAUGUCAGAAUAAUAGUUGAGAGAAUUAUUUAUUUCAGCUUCUAUUUCUUUCAUCACAUUCCCAGUGGGUCAGAAGUUUACAUACACUCAAUUAGUAUUUGGUAGCAUUGCCUUUAAAUUGUUUAACUUGGGUCAAACGUUUCGAGUAGCCUUCCACAAGCUUCCCACAAUAAGUUGGGUGAAUUUUGGCCUAUUCCUCCUUAAAAGAUGUAACUGAGUCAGGUUUGUAAGCCUCCUUGCUCACACACGCUUUUUCAGUUCUGCCCACACAUUUUCUAUAGGAUGGAGGUCAGGGAUUUGUGAUGGCCACUCCAAUACCUUGACUUUGUUGUCCUGAAGCCAUUUUGUGACAACUUUGGAAGUAUGCUUGGGGUCAUUGUCCAUUUGGAAGACCCAUUUGCAACCAAGCUUUAAUUUCCUGAUUGAUGUCUUGAGAUGUUGCUUCAAUAUAUCCACAUCAUUUUCCUCCCUCACUGGAAUUGUGAUACAGUGAAUUAUAAGUUAAAUAAUCUGUAAACAAUUGUUGGAAGAAUUACUUGUGUCAUGCACAAAGUAGAUUUCCUAACCGACUUGCCAAAACUAUAGUUUGUUAACAAGACAUUUGUGGAGUGGUUGAAAAACAGGUUUUAAUGACUCCAACCUAAAUGUAUGUAAACUUCUGACUUCAACUGUAAAUAUUCAGACCCUUUACUCAGUUCUUUGUUGAAGCGCCUUUGGCAGCGAUUAUAGCAUAGUCUUCUUGGGUAUGACGCUACAAGCUUGGCACACCUGUAUUUGGGGCGUUCCUCCCAUUCUUCUCUGCAAAUCCUCUCAAACUCUGU